AUGCAACUCGAAUCCCUUUCACCUUUUUUACUGAAACUUCAAGACUUUUAUCUCAAUUUCAAUAUCAAGCAAGUGGAAUGGGUGCUUCGUUGGGAGUAUCCAUUAAUUGCCUCAGUGGUCUAUUUGGUUCUUUCUUACGGAUUAAAGAGUGUGUUUGGAACUGAAAAGCCUCUCAACUCCAAGAUCACCGAUAAAAGUGUGGCCAACAACAACAACAAUACCGAUAAGAAGAGCAAGGAUGGAUUACUCAUGUACUUUUUCACUCAAUUGCAUAACGUGAAUUUAAUUGUGUUGUCCUUCUCCAUGUUGUGCGGUAUUGUCUAUGAGAUUGUGCAAAGAAGUCUGACUUUGGGAGUUUUCCGAGGAUCUAUUUGUCCUCUCGACUCGGCAACGAAUCAAGAUGACCAUCCUGUGGUCUCGGGACCUGUUGCUUUCUGGAUUUUUAUCUAUCACUUGUCCAAGUAUUAUGAAUUGGUGGAUACCAUGUUAAUUGUCUUCAAGAGGAAACCAUUGAUUUUACUUCAUGUUUAUCAUCAUUUGAUUAUGAUUUGGAUUACAUGGUCAUGGAUGAAGGAUCCAUGGCUUGUUGGCUCAUGGUGGUGCGUGAUGGUUAACUCAAUUAUUCACACAAUCAUGUACUAUUAUUACUUGAGAACUGCUCAAGGAUAUACUCUCAAAUGGAAGACCAUUUUGACUGCUGGACAAAUUAUUCAAUUAUUCUCUGGUUUCUUCCUUGUCACUUAUUGGUUCUUUAUUAGAGUGGAGAAUGAAUGUACUAGAGGAUUCUAUUCUGGGGUUUUCUCCCAUGUUGUCAACGGUACUUUAAUUUUGCAAUUUAUUUACUUUUAUUAUCGUUCAUAUAUUGCACCAAAGAAGGAAAAGUCUAAUUAA